AUGGAAGGAGAAGAUGGUUUGAAUGGAGAAGAAGUUAGGGAAGGAGAAGAAGUUAGGGAAAGAGAGGAAGUUAAAGAAGGAGAAGAAGUUAAGGAUGGAGAAAAAGUUUGGGAUGGAGAAGAAGUUUGGAAUGGAGAAGAAAUCAAGGAGGAAGAAGAAGCUAAGGAAGGAGAAGAAGUUAUGGAUGGAGAUGGAGAAGAAAUUUGGGAUGUAGAUGAAGUUAAGGAAGGAGAAGAAGAAGUGAAGGAUGGAGAAGAAGUUAGGGAAGGAGAAGAAGUUAAGGAUGGGGAAAUAGUUUGGGAUGGGGAAGAAGUGAAGGAAGGAGAAGAAGUUAGGGAGGAAGAAGAAAAAGAAGUUUUGGAUGGAGAAGAAGUCAAGGAUAAAGAAGAAAUUAUGGAUGGGGAAGAAGUUAAGGAGGGAGAGAUGAUUAUCAUGGAUGGAGAAAAAGUCAAGGAAGGAGAAGAAGUCAUGGACUGA